AGGCGCGAAUUUCAAAUCCACCAAGGUCCAUGUAAUUGCAGUAUAUACUAUUAGGGAUUAGGGUUUGGAUGGAUUGAGUAAGAAAUAAAAGUGGUAUCGCGAAGAAGAUAAGCAAAUCUGUAAAUACGAAGCCAAGGGCAAAUCGAAUGGCAUCCUCUGACUCCGAUUCCGAUCUCCACCGCAGGAUGUUUAUGUUCAGUGGGACGCAACCCGUAGCGAGGAUUCCUCCCCAUCGACCUAAAGAAAGCCUUGGUCCCAAUCAGUACCUAGCCUGCACCGCUCUUCCCCUCAGUCUUAUUUGCGACUCUUGUGGCAACCGCAUGCCCAAAUGCUCCAGGAUUGCUGUCACACACGAUGUCUCAGGCAAAAAUCGUCUAGAUUUAACUUGGUCCAAGAUCUAUGUGGAUUGCACCAGUUGCAUAGCUGAGAUCACGUUAAAGCGUAAGGGCUUGAAAUUCGUUGUUCUGUCUGGCGCAACUCCGUAUUUCCGGCCAGAGGAUGAGAAAUUGGAAUGUCCUGGUAAACGCCGCCGCAUCACUCAAGGCCUCUUAAGUUGAUAAGAACAUUAACUUUAACUCUCAGCAUCAGAUGGACAGGAAAUCUUGCUUCUUCUGGAGUUGUGGCUUCUAGCUCUACUUCAGUUGCAGGUUGUAGCAGCAGCAUUCCUACUAAAUAUGACUAGCCAGAAGGGUAAAAAUAUGGGACAUUAGACAUUGUUUUUAUACUUGUUGAUUGUGAGCUCUUUAAAUGUAGAAAGUGGUUUGUGAUAUUUUAGUUCAGCACAUGAAGUGUGCUUCAUAGAAAUGAAUUAUAAAAAUUGCCUUUUAAAGAGUGUGUUUAUCUAUAUGAUUGGAUGAGUAGUAUUAUUGGAUGUUGUUUAUAAUGUGUUGGUUUGCUCCAAAAUUACUUUAUCAAUGAGAUGUUUAAGAUGUAUGCUGGAUAACA